UUUAUAUUCUAUUAUCGUCCUGGCACAUACGCUCAGUACCUUGCGGCCCGAGAGCUCAAGCGGAUGAGCUGGAGGUUCCAUAGCAGAUAUGGCACGUGGUUCAAACGUCACAGUGAGCCGUCCGUGGUAAACCCCAAAUAUGAGUAUGGCACUUAUGUAUAUUUCGAUUGUUAUGCUGAUGAAUGGGCCCAGAAGAUCAAGAAGGACUUCCAACUAGGCCUUCGUGACGAAGGGGCGGAGCUCGGCAUCCGG